GCACUGCCUUUUCUUGUUCUUGUUCUUAGUUCUUACUCCUCCUGUCUGUAGUUUCUUUCUUCCGUUCUUGUUCAACAACCUUCUCUUCUGUUUUCAUUCGCUUACCUCUAAUGGCUUCUACCACUGCUUUAACGUCACACCUAGCUAAUGGCAACCGACUCGCUGACCCCAGAACACGCCUCUCUUUCUGUGAAGCAGACUUGUGUAAAGGUCGUCCCUUGGUUCUAUCUUGGUCUACUAAUAAGACUGGGAGGAGAACAAGAUCUCUUCGUCUAUAUGGCUUAUUUGGUGAGAAGAAGGAUGACAAUGGAAAAAGUGAUGAUGGAACUUCAAAGGCAGGGAAAAUGGGUAAUAUGCAAAAUCUAUACGAAACUGUUAAGAAAGCCCAAAUGGUGGUACAAGUUGAGGCAGUGCGUGUGCAGAAAGAGCUUGCUGUGGCAGAGUUUGAUGGUUAUUGUGAAGAUGAGCUUAUAAAGGCAACACUCUCCGGUGACCAGCAGCCAGUGCGCCUUGAGAUAACUGAGGCAGCCAUGGAACUUGGGCCAGAAAAACUCUCUCUUUUGGUUACUGAAGCAUACAAGGAUGCCCACCAGAAGAGCGUUCAGGCCAUGAAGGAGAGAAUGAGCAAUCUUGCCCAAAGUUUAGGAAUGCCACCACAAGGCCUGAACGAGGAGCAAAAGUGAUAACCGAGACAUAUCUGUUUGUUUUGGUUUAGUUCGUAUUUGGUCUUAAUUUUGUAGCUUAAGGGGUAAAUUUGUUGAUUGUUUCUGGAUAGCCUUUGGGAUCAUGCAUGCUUUUUGAGUUGUCUCAAAAUUGGUCUUUUAGACUACUGGUAUGGUAAAUGGUGUCAUGAUUUUUCUUCUUUUUUUUUUUGGAACCAUAGAGGGUCAUAUUUGGUUUAGAAGAAUAGAAUUAGAAUGGUAUCAAGAAUUAUAAUGAAAUUUUGAAUGAAUAAGAUAAAAAUAGAACUAGUUGUCAUAUAGUGAUAUGAUUUCAUCAAAUAACAGAGGCCACAAUGUGUGGUGUUAAUAAAUAGAAAUGUUCCUUGA